AGAGGAAGCCAGGUGUGGCUACCUGACGUCAUUACCCGGAUGGUCGGACACUUAGCAUAUUAGCCUUUUAAUAGAUAGAUUAGCAUGUCGACUGUACAUAUUCCUUUAACAACAACGCUGUAAAUAUUUGGUAAGUGAAUUUCUUGAACUAAUUAGCAGCACCGGGAAGCUGCCUUUGUGAUAGGGGUAAUCUUGAGGGUAGCUGGGGGUCCGCACCCCGAGGGCGGAGGCCUGAGGGUCAGGCUGCGAAUCGGCAGCCCUGGUCCCCGACCACAAAGCAGGUCUAUGCCGGGAGGACCGGGCAUCGCCCCUUUAACCCGACUCUCACCGGCCCGGCAAUUUCCGGGGCGGUGUCAUUGCCCCUUUAAGAGCGGUGCGCCCGCCCCGCCCCCGAGGGCGGAGCUUCAGGGGACUUUAAGGGGCGGGCCGGCGGGCAGCGGGGUCUCCGGGGAUCUGGGUCUUGUGGGCUCUCGCCGCGGGCCGCCAUUGCUUGGCAUCUCCCGAGGGGCCGCCCCCACCUCAGCCUCGCUCGGUCGCCGCUGCGCCGUCCUCCCCCAGUGACAAAAAUGCUGAGAUUCUUCCGUAGAACGCUUGGGCGUCGGUCAAUGCGCAAACAUGCUGAGAAGGAACGACUCCGAGAAGCUCAACGAGCUGCCACACACAUUCCUGCAGCUGGAGAUUCUAAGUCCAUCAUCACGUGUCGGGUGUCCCUUCUGGAUGGUACUGAUGUUAGUGUGGACUUGCCGAAAAAAGCCAAAGGUCAAGAGCUGUUUGAUCAGAUUACAUACCACUUGGAUCUUAUUGAAAGCGACUAUUUCGGACUGAGAUUUAUGGAUUCAGCACAAGUAGCACAUUGGUUGGAUGUUACAAAGAGUAUCAAAAAGCAAGUUAAAAUUGGUUCACCCUAUUGUCUGCAUUUUCGAGUUAAGUUUUAUUCCUCGGAACCAAAUAAUCUUCGUGAAGAGCUAACCCGGUAUUUAUUUGUUCUUCAAUUAAGACAAGAUAUUCUCAGUGGAAAAUUGGAGUGUCCUUUUGAUACAGCAGUUCAGUUGGCAGCUUAUAAUGUGCAAGCUGAACUUGGUGACUGUGAUCUUGCUGAGCAUAGUCCUGAACUUAUAACUGAGUUCAGGUUCAUGCCCAUUCAGACUGAAGAGAUGGAGUUGGCUAUUUUUGAGAAAUGGAAGGAAUACAGAGGUCAGACACCAGCACAAGCUGAAACCAAUUAUCUGAAUAAAGCCAAAUGGCUAGAAAUGUAUGGGGUUGAUAUGCAUGUGGUCAAGGCUCGAGACGGGAAUGACUAUAGUUUGGGGCUAACCCCAACAGGAGUUCUUGUUUUUGAAGGAGAGACCAAAAUUGGCUUAUUUUUUUGGCCCAAGAUAACUAGAUUGGAUUUUAAGAAGACUAAAUUAACCCUGGUGGUGGUAGAAGAUGAUGAUCAGGGCAAAGAGCAGGAACACACGUUUGUCUUUAGACUGGACCAUCCAAAGGCGUGCAAGCAUUUAUGGAAAUGUGCUGUGGAGCACCAUGCCUUCUUCCGCCUCCGAGGCCCUGUGCAAAAGGGUUCUCAGCGAUCAGGAUUUAUCCGACUAGGAUCACGAUUUAGAUAUAGUGGGAAAACUGAGUAUCAGACCACGAAAACCAAUAAAGCAAGAAGAUCAACAUCCUUUGAAAGAAGGCCCAGCAAACGAUAUUCUCGACGAACUCUACAGAUGCAAGGUACAGCAAAACCUGAAGAACUCAGUGUUCACAGUAAUGUUUCAACUCAAAAUAAUGGCUCUCAACAGGCUUGGGGUAUGAGAUCUACUCUGCUGGGGACUUCUUCCAUUCCCUCUGGUCCUGCGCUGGUGGAGAUAGAAAAUCUUCCAAGGAGUCCUGGAACAGACCAGCAUGACAGGAAAUGCUUGCCUCCGAAUAUUGAUUUGCUAGAUAGUCCAGCCUUAUUGGAAACAACUAUUGAUGAUGUAAUUGGGGCACCUGACACUGUGGAAACAUUGCAAUCACCUGAUGAAAUUAAUGUAGCCCCCAGGCAAACCGGAUUAGAGGAACCUGAAGUUGAAGGCAAGACAUUAAAAGAUGCGCCAGAGAAGCUGAAACACCUUGAGAUAGAAAACGGUUCAUUGCCCUCCCCUCGUCCCAACAUUGAUGUUAACAUCAACAACCAGGAGGAAGUGGUGAAGCUGACUGAGAAAUGUCUUAAUAAUGCCAUUGAGAGCCCAGGAUUGAAUGCUAGGCGAGUUCCUCCUGACUUGAAGAGUAACAUUUUGAAGGCUCAAGUAGAAGCAGUGCAAAAGGUUACAAGAGAAGAUAGCCUAUUGAGUCAUAAAAACGCCAGUGUUCAGGAUGCUGCCACAAACAGGGCUGUAGUAAAUGAGAAUAAUGUGCCCCUCCCUGAAGAUUCCCUUGCUCCAGCGCACACCGCACCUACAGGAAAUGGUUCUGCUCUAAAGGAUGCUACAGAUGAAUUUGAUGCCUUGCUUUUAUCUCUAACUGAGAAUCUGAUUGACAGCACAGUCACACCUCAGGUAUCUUCAACAUCCAUUAUCACGCCCCGGUGGAUUGUGCCACAGAGCAGUGUCCUUUCUAAUGGACUCGCAGGAAAUGGACCAUCCUUGGUGGGGAAGGAGGGACAUGAUAGUGGAGACCUGAUCUCGCUGAUCUCUCCCCCAGCACCAUUCUUGGUGGAUGCUGUGACCAGCUCUGCUCCAGCUGUGAGCGGAGAACCCAUCUUGAAGCAGAAGUGUUUACUGACAACAGAGCUCUAAGGGAUUGCCUCCUCCUCGCCUGUACCUGGAAUGCCCAGCACCCUCCCACGGUCCGUCCUGGAAUCAGUUCUGCUGAAUGUGUUGGAUUCAGGAGUUUGCCCUGUACUUGUUGGUAAAAAGUUUGCCUAGAUUUGACUUCAGUUCCACGAAAAAACAACUAUGUGUUUUGUCUGACUGGAAGAGUUUAAUUACACUGCGUAUUUCCUCAGAUGAGGAUACCUGGUCUUUUACUUUCUUUAGUUUUCGAAGUUUUAAAUUCCUAAAACAAGGGAAUGACGUUCCCUAUGGUUUGCUUCAAGCUCUUGGCCCCACCUAGUGGUUGUAAUUGUUCAUAAUGCUUCCUAACGAGGCAGUCUCUGGUGGUCAGUGUCAUACCCCUCUCUCUCUCUCUCUCUCUCUCUCUCUCUCUCUCUCUCUCUCUCUCUCUCUCUCUGUGAUUGUCCCUAACCUGUUAGAGAACUUGCACUUUUCUCUGCAUUACCUGGAAGUCAGGGGUUUAUGAACGUGAUGAGGAUAUUAUGUAGGUAGGUGCAGUGCUAGUUUUCUUUCUCUUUUUAACGAUUAUUACAUUGCUAAAGAGCAGUUUAGAACACAGAGGGUUUUCAAAUGUUGCCCAUAUUUUUGAAUUCUUACUGGACUGGCUAUCUUAGUUACAUCAAGGUAAGACAAACCUUGAGGAGAACUACAGAGAAAUCAAUAGCCCGUCAUUUUCAGCUCAGCCUUCCCACAGGAAGCAGUCAUGCACCACAGGUUUCCUGUAAGUGUUCAGCCGGGAAAGGGGAGGGUGGGUGAAAGUCACCCUGGGCGUGUCCUCCUUCCUCACUCCUCUUCCUGGGCCCACAGACUCGGUGAGGAAGGAGCACAGACGCUCUGGGCUGGCACUGCUCCACGCAGGUACCUACUGAGCUCUAAGGGAUUGUGUAUGUAAUUAAGUGCUCAUUUAUACUGCUCAGCAUAGAGGAGCAUCCAGUUUAGAUCUUUAAACUCCUGGUGUAGGCUGUCCUGAGCCAUUCGUGUGCUCAGGGGAACACACCAGUGUCUGGAAAGCUCAGGAACUCCAAUGUGGGCUGUUUCCCGCCGAGCCAAGCCGUAGAGAUUGGAAACCACUUUUGCAUAAAGCAGUUGUGCUGAAGAAAAGAAAGUUCCCCUCCUGCCGCCUGCCUCCCCUUAGCCGUUCCACUAAGCUUGUGAAUCUCAUUGUGGAGCUCUUGCCAAUUCUUAAUUGUAAGACAAACUGCAGGGCACCUAGGGCAAGGGCUUGCCCAGGACACAUCGGCCUGGCCCUCAAAGCUUCAGGUCCAACAACCCUGGAUGCGCUCACUGCGAGCUUGGAAGGCCCACAGUUCCGUCCAGUUUGUACAGUAGCACCAUCCUUACUUUUAACUUUCUGAUAUUUAGGGAUUAUGUUGAUGUCGUUGAAAAUAUUCUAUAGCCUUUGUGUUGUCAGGCACCUGUAUUCUUGCCAGUCUGAGUAGUGAUAGGGACUUUCUUAAAAUUCAUGUGAAUCUCAAACUAAAAGGACAUUUCGUCUCAUGUCCUGACAUGAGGUGUUAACAUGGAAAUGAGUGCUUUUUUUUUUUAAUCCUCACUCAAGGAUAUUCUUUUCCAUUGAUUUUUAGAGAGAGUGGAAGGAAGAGGGAGAGACAGAGAGAAACACCAUGUGAGAGAGACACAUUGAUUCGUUGCCUCUGGCAUACCUCGGAUUGGUGCCAAGAAUCGAACCCCGGGACCCCUCAGUCCACAGGCCGACGCUCUAUCCACUGAGCCAAACCACCAAGGGCUGGAAAUGAGUGUUUUAAUGGGGGGUUAGCCCUGACCAAUUAGGCACCUGCCAGCUACACCUCUCCUGUCCUAGCUGCUGCGGGUGCCUCCCAGAGCCCUGUUAACACUCAUCUUGUUCUGCUCAUCUGGGGAUGGAGGAGGAGGGCAGGCUGCGGGUAUCUGUGACGUGUCAGAGAGGGAGCGGGAGGUCAGUCUCUGAGGAGAGAAGCCGUGUGAGGGAGUAGAGGAUGCUAGCAGAGAGAUCUGCGAUGGCACUGGGUAAGAAGGCGCUGGUUUCUGAGGUGGUAACAGGGGCAGCUGUGGUGGCUCUACAGGCUGGUGACCUCCGGGGCACAGCCCUCAUUCCAAAGAUUGAAAUCCACAUCCAAGUCAUCUGAUGAACUGAAUCAAGGCCGGAUCCUCAGAUGAGGGGAAAUGGCCCUGCUCACUGUUGAGAAUGACUGAGCCGGGCAGGAAGUCUUUCUGAAUCGAGAUGAGGUUCCAUGCCAGCACCCGCAGCUGGAAAGCAGCCGGGCACACGAAUGCGCUGGGAGCAGUGAGAACACCUCUGAACAGCGGAGAACUCGUUUCCGUGAGCCCCCAGCUACAGAGCUGUCCGCUUCCUCCUCUGGAGGGGCUGGUGUGGAUGUUUAGCUGAGAUAACAGACCCAGAUGCAAAAGGCAACGGAAGGCUCUUUAGCCCAGGCUCAGCUGCACUGUGGUCACUCUCUUUCCGGUUUCCAGGCCUGGUUGGCUCUGCUGGCUCCCUGGGGGUAGCAGGAUAGAGCUUGUGCCUGAGUGGGCUCAGGCGGGUGUUAGACGUGAUGGCGCUGUUGUCCCCUUGCCAUGCCUCAUUGGCCUGUGAGUGUUGCUGUCACUGCUUCCUAACGCUUUGCUGUGCACUGCCCUGGGGACACUUCCCUCGGUCCCUGCAGUGGCCUGUGUGCUGCUGGCCGUGGGGGAGCAGGAAGGGCAAGAGCCUCAAAUCAGCGGAUGCCAGCCCUGGUGGGAGGGCGAGUGCCGGUGUGGAGGAGGGUGUAGGUUUCGGAGUUCUGCCCCAGCCCCUUCUGCGGAGCCUGGGCGGGAGGGUCCUCUCUCCUCCUGUGCUCAGUAGUGUUGCCUGUGUCCAGGGACGGCUGGUGGUUCUUUCUUUCCUGCCCUUCUGGGGUCACUGCUGAACAGAGAAAGGUUGGUCUCCUUAGAUCCUGAUAAAUUUAGGCCGUCCCUAGCAGCUUUCCCGAGACUUUAUGUUGCUUUCAGAAAGAUUGUGUUUAGAAAUACUUCUGCAGUCGGCUAACUGUUGGUCUUCUUUUGCACGAUCACGAUGUUCUGUGGACAAUUCAGGAGGACAGCUGGGUCGGAGCUUGUUCUCCUAGCUGCUCGGUUCCGACUAGCACCCUCCUCUGCCUUCUCGCCUAGAUGAGCCUAGAUGAGCCCUGUCGGAGCAGAGCUCCCGCAGGCUUCGGGGCGCUGAGGCGGCGAGGGUCUGGGGAAGCCAGCUCCUGUCUCCUCGCCCAGAGAGGCAGACCUCCUGUAGAAGCAGCGGCAGCUAGUUCUUCCUGCGAGGCCAUGGGAAGUGCCCGGGCAUGUGUGUUCCGGGACAUUUCACUUACAAGCACAGGUGCGAGUCCUGAUUCAAGCUUUGUGGUUGUAGACUGGCUCCGUGGGAGGCGGGCAGGUAUGCACAAGCCUGCAUCACCUGUCACUGGGGGGCACCGGGCAUUCCAGACGUGGGCCUCUUCACUCCCACGCGGACAGGAUGUAGUCAUGGGCCUCCGGCUCUGGGAGCCUUUGGAGCGGCCUCCAGUUUCCUGUUAAUCUUGCCCUCAGCCUCUAGCUGCUUAGAGAGCUGCAGUCUCCUGUGGACUAAGGAAUGUACAUUUCUAUUUUAUUUGUUCUUUUCUCCUCAAAAAUGUAAACACACUGAUCAGAAGAAAGUUGGAAGCUUUCCCUGCUCUCAGCCAGGAAAUGCAAAGGUGUGAGGACUGGAAAGGCGCCGCCCCUGCGUGUGCGUGGGGUGGUGCGUGUGGGAAAAGGGCUGGCUCCUCACCCCGAGGCUGAGGCGGAGGCAUCACUCCCGGGACCUGCAGGGAGGGGCCUGAUCUCCCUCCUGGGUGCACAGAAGCUGUAGCCUCACUAACCACUGUUUACUUCUCAUGUGUGAAGCUUUGCGGUCGCUUUGCGAUUGGACUUUGUUUUCUGUCGGGUGCACUGUUCAUUCACGCGUCCGCGGUUUUGUAUGUGAGAAACACUGCACUGAACUCGUGUGUAUGCUGAGAUGACAGCUGUAGAUGUGACCACAAAUAAAGCUUUCGAGAAACA